AUGAGUCUCUGUGAAGAGAAAAAUGAGGAUAUUGCUUGUAAAUUGAGUUCUCCAUCUCCUGAAACAAGCUGCAAUCAACCCAUGAAGAAUCUGCCCUCUGACUUCAGUGAUGUAACAGAGCCCCCUGACCCCAGAAGAAAGACACCGAAAUCAGAGUAUCCAGACCCCAGCAGUGUAUCUGUGAAGAGUAACAGAUCCAUGGUGCAACCCAAUGAAUUCAGAGAUGCAACUGUGACCUCGAAUCCUGUUCUUUUUAAUCUUUCUGAAACCAGAUCUGUGCUGUCCUGUGCAUCCCACUAUCAGACUCACAUCAUUCAGGACAAAACUGAAGCAGUCCUGCAGAAACACACACUGGUGAUUAAAGUAAACCUGCAACAAUUUAGAGUCCAGCACAAAACCAUCAUGAAGAAAAAGUAUGAAAAAUUAUUUGAGGGAGUCAAACACCAAGAGAAUAAAACUUCCCUAAACAGGAUUUACACACAGCUCUACAUCAUAGACGGAGAAGUGAAUGAAGAACAUGAGGUUUUAAAGAUGGAGAAAAAAGCCAGAACAAAACACUUACAAGACACUCCAAUCUACUGCAAUGACAUCUUUAAAUCCUCACCUGAACCAGGAUGUGAGGAGAAAAACCAAAUCAAGACUGUUCUUACUAAAGGCAUCGCUGGAAUCGGAAAAACCGUCUCUGUGCAGAAGUUCAUUCUGGACUGGGCCGAGGGAAAAGACAAUCAGGAUGUCGAUUUCAUGUUUAUGCUUCCUUUUCGAGAGCUGAAUUUAAUUCAAAAUGAUCAGUACAGUCUUCACAGACUUCUGCUGGACUUUCAUCCUGAACUUCAAGAUCUGGACUCAAAGAUUUAUGAGGAGUGUAAAGUUGUGUUCAUCUUUGAUGGUCUGGAUGAAAGCAGAAUCACACUGAUGUUUUCAGAUGAUCAGAAAGUUUGUGAUGUGACUGAGACUUCAUCAGUGGGUGUGUUGAUGUCAAACCUCAUGAAAGGAGAGCUGCUUCCCUCUGCUCUCAUCUGGAUCACCUCCAGACCAGCAGCAGCCAAUCAGAUCCCCUCCAAAUACAUCAACCGUCUGACAGAAAUUCAGGGAUUCAAUGAGUCUCAGAAGGAGGAAUAUUUCAGGAAGAGAAUCAGUGACCAGCAUCAAGCCAGCAGAAUCAUCUCACACAUCAGAAGAGCAAGAAGCCUCCACAUCAUGUGCCACAUCCCCGUCUUCUGCUGGAUCUCAUCCACUGUGCUUCAGAAGCUCCUGAAAGAAGAUGUGAGUGCAGAAAUCCCUCAAACUCUGACUGAAAUGUACAUCCACUUCCUGCUGAUUGAGAUCAACAUGAAGAAUCAGAAGUAUGAAGAGAGAGAUCCAGAGAAACUCCUGCAGUCCAACAGAAAAGUGAUUGUGAAACUUGCUGAAGUGGCUUUCAAACAGCUAAUGAAGGGCAAUGUGAUGUUCUAUGAGGAGGACCUGAUUGAGAGCAGCAUAGAUGUCAAUGAUGCCUCAGUGUAUUCUGGGAUUUGUACUGAGAUCUUUAAGGAGGAAUCUGUGAUUCAUCAUAGGAAAGUCUACAGCUUCAUUCUGUUUCUUGCUGCUUUUAAUGUGUUUUACAGCUAUUUAAGCAGCAACAUGGAGACUCUUAAGGUUAUUGUUCCAAUGCAUAUUAUGCUUAAAGGAGCAGUAGAUAAAGCCCUUGAGAGUGAAACUGGACACCUGGAUCUGUUCCUGCGGUUCCUGCUGGGCGUCUCACUGGAGUCCAAUCAGAGACUCUUACAGGAUCUACUGACACACACAGAGAACAGCUCAGAGAGCAUCAGGAGAACCACACAGUACAUUAAAGAGAAGAUCAAAGAUGGACAUGGACUCUCCACUGAAAGAUCCAUCAAUCUGUUCCUCUGUCUGCUGGAAGUGAAAGAUCAGACUCUGUCCAGAGAGAUUCAGGAGUUUGUGAAAUCAGACAAACACUCAGAGAAGAAACUCUCUCCUGCUCACUGCUCAACAAUCGCCUACAUGCUUCAGAUGUCAGAGGAGGUGCUGGAUGAGCUGGACCUCAAGAAAUACAACACAUCAGAUGAGGGGAGAAGAAGACUGAUACCAGCUGUGAUCAACUGCACAAAAGCCCUUUUUGCUAGCUGCAGUCUUACUGAUCAGGAUUGUGAAAUCAUGUCAUCAGCUCUACAAUCCUCAAACUCUGUCCUGAGAGAACUGGAUCUGAGUAACAAUGACCUACAAGAUUCAGGAGUGAAGCUGCUUUGUGAUGGACUGAAGAGUCCAAACUGUCAGCUGCAGAUACUGAGGUUGUCUGGCUGUAUGGUGACAGAGGAAGGCUGUGGUUAUUUGUCUUCAGCUCUGAGUUCAAACCCCUCACACCUGAGAGAGCUGGAUCUGAGCUACAAUCACCCAGGACAAUCAGGAGUCCAGCUGCUCAAACACAAACUGGAGGAUCCAAACUGUUCACUGCAGAUACUCAAUUUGGACCAUGGAGAACCUUUCAGAAUCAAACCUGGACUGAGAAAAUAUGCAGUGAAUCUCACACUGGAUCCAAACACAGCAAACAAUCAUCUUAUCCUGUCUGAGGACAACAGAAAGAUGACUCACGUGAAAGAGCCGCAGCCGUAUCCUGAUCAUCCAGAGAGAUUUGAGCUCUAUGAGCAGAUUUUAUGUAAAGAGAGUCUGACUGAACGCUGUUACUGGGAGGCUGAGCGUAGCGGGAUGGCAGCUGAUAUAGCAGUGACAUAUAAAGGAAUUAAGAGGAAAGCAGGGAGUAACUGUUGGUUUGGAUACAGUGACAAAACCUGGAGUCUGUACUGCUCUGCUAAUGAAUUCACUGUCUGGCACAAUAAUAUGAGCAGGAAUAUACCAGUCCAUUCAUCCUCUAAGAGAGUAGGAGUGUAUCUGGACUGGUCGGCCGGCACAGUGUCCUUCUUCAGCAUCUCUGACACACACACACUCACACACUUACACACAUUCAACACCACAUUCACUGAACCCCUCUAUGCUGGAUUUAAGGUUUAUGAUUCUGAACUGUCUCUAUGUCAGAUUUAACAACCUGAAACAAUGGAGACAUUGCAAACAACAGAGAUGAGCACAAAUAAUUGCAAAUACUUGCUAAUCAAAUGUAUGAAAAUACAGUACAAAAUACUGGCAUGAUAAUGUACUGUAUUUGAUUAAAGUAAUUUGUAAUGUAAAUAUUUUUUUUUUUGUUUAUAAUCUAGGUUAGGAUAUUGAAACUAUAUGGUUGUCAAACAUUACAUACCAGCUUUGUCCCUCAUACUGAGUUUACAGUACACUGUUGCAAGCCAACAGGAACAAAAGUAGCUCCGUCAGCCAACACAAGAAAUGAAAUGAAAAGUUGGUCAACACAAACUUUUUACACAAACUGACCACCAGUGUUCAGACACCAUAUUAUUUUUUGUGGUCUGAAAAAAAAGAGGUCAUAAUGAUUAGAAAAACACUGCGCAAAUAAUGUGUGCGCAAAUUAUGACUGAAUUUAAAUUUUUAGUUGAAAUGCCAUUAUUGCCAAAUGCCAAAUGCCAAGGCAGUUUCUUUCAUUGGGUUUAUUUAUUAUUAUUUAUUUAUUAUUAUUAUUUAUUUAUUAUUUAUUUUAGAUUUGUUAUAUUAUGUACUUCUUAUUUAAUUAUUUAUAUUUAAAUAGUCAAUCUCUCAAAAUAUUUUGUUACAAAUUACAUCUAAUUAUUUUCCACCAAAAUACUCAAAAGUAAUUAAAUGCAUAUUUUAAAUACAUUUAAUGAAAUAACUGUCCAUCUCUGACAAACUCUUUUUCACACAGUCACAAUUUUGUUCUCUUUCUCAUGCAUUUCAUUGUCCAAGAUCUCAGAAGAAAUAAAAGAUUUGCUGCUUAGUCUGUUAGCUAUUGUGAUAUGCUACUACAUACUUGUGUUUGACAAAAUACAUUUUAAUUUACUGUGAUCUUUUAAAACCUACUGUAGAUCAUAGUUUAGAGGAUCCACAGAUUCUUUCCUCCUGCUGGAUUGUCAGCAGCUGUUCCAUACAUUAGGCAGCUAAAAUCACCUCUAAAUGAUUGAUAUGAUCCUAGUUUAAAUGAGAUCAUCUUCUGCAACACUGGAAUGAUGUAAUGUGUUUUGAUGUUAAGUUAUUUUUGGUUCACUCCUGUUUAACACCAGUGUCAUUGCAAAAUCUUAAUAUACAUAAGAUAUAUUAAGCUACAUUGACAUUGCUUAUUGUGCUAUUUGAAUCAAUAUUCUAAACAAAAAUCUGUUAAUGACUUCAAUAAUUCAUUUAUUUAUCUAAUUCCAUUAAAGUUGUUAUUCUUUAAGCUCUGAGCACUCCUCAAUCAGCAUUCUGAUGAUUCUCUUGCACAAACAUAGGCAUUAGCAUACUGUGGUGAUGAUGAUGAUGUAGAGCAUUACCCCAUAUUUAAUUCACAUACU